AUGGCAUUUCUCUUCAAAUCAAAGAAGAACCAGGAUCGCGCGCUGUCUAGCCGUGAUGGCAAUGCUCCCCCGACAGCCAUGGCCGGCACCAAUGCCCGCAUCCAAAAUGACAAGCACAGAGCCACGCCCACCGGCAGCCUAAAUUCUUUGGAAAAUGAUGCCGUCACAACCCCCGAGCGUCAGGUCACCUCUGCUCACAGCCGUCGCGGCGGCAGUGUCGAUACUAAUAAUAAUAAUGCCCUGGGGAACCCUUCUAGCGACGCUCCACCUCGCACCGGCCCCCCACCCGCAAAUCCAAAUGCUUCUCUAUAUCCUUGGUCGCAACGCCGAAUCACAUACACGACGCCAAAUUCUAGUCCCUUUCCUCGAUAUGGCGCCGCCGUCAAUAGCGCCUCUUCCAAAGAAGGCGACAUCUACAUGAUGGGUGGCCUGAUUGGUAGCUCCACCGUCAAAGGUGAUCUCUGGAUGAUUGAGGCCGGAGGCAGCAUGUCCUGCUAUCCUCUUUCUACCACCGCCGAGGGUCCCGGUCCCAGGGUUGGUCACUCUAGUCUGCUCGUUGGCAAUGCCUUCAUCGUCUACGGCGGCGACACCAAGAUUGAGGAUUCCGAUGUUCUUGACGAGACCCUCUAUCUACUCAACACAUCAACUCGACACUGGUCAAGGGCUCUGCCGGCCGGCCCCCGCCCCUCUGGUCGCUACGGCCACUCGCUGAACAUUCUGGGCUCCAAGAUCUACAUAUUUGGCGGCCAAGUCGAAGGCUAUUUCAUGAAUGAUCUGUCUGCCUUUGACUUGAACCAGCUGCAGAUGGCCAACAACCGCUGGGAAAUUUUACUCCAGUCUGACGCUUCCCCCAGCAUUCCUGCUGCUCGAACAAAUCACACCGUCAUCACCUACAACGACAAAAUGUACCUCUUCGGUGGUACCAACGGCUUCGAAUGGUUUAACGAUGUUUGGUGUUACGACCCACAAGUCAACAAGUGGUCUCAGCUCGACUGCAUUGGCUACAUUCCCUCUCGCCGUGAAGGCCAUGCUGCCGCACUCGUCGACGAUGUCAUGUAUGUAUUUGGAGGCAGAACUGAGGAGGGCACCGACUUGGGCGAUCUCGCCGCCUUUCGAAUUUCUCUCCGACGCUGGUACACCUUCCAAAAUAUGGGCCCGUCACCCUCGCCUCGAUCAGGUCACAGUAUGACCACUGUUGGCAAGUCCAUUGCUGUACUUGGCGGUGAACCUAGCACUGCUGCAUCUACCGUCAAUGAUCUUGGUAUCCUUUAUGUCUUGGAUACGACUAAGAUUCGCUAUCCCGCCGAUGCUCAGCAGAACUCCAUUCGUGCCGCUCAAGCUACUCGGCCGAGCCUUGAGACCGCCAGUCGCCAGGCCCCAGGUACCGCCAAUACGGGGCAAGAUCCCAAGCGAAUCACACAAGGCGCAGGUGCAGUGGCUGGUGCAGCCGCCGCCGCCGCCGCCGCAGCUACCACCAACGGACAAGCCCCCAUCUCGAGUCCCGAUUCGAACCGCUCUCUCAACCCGACAAGCCCCGAACCUCAAGGCCCAGUUGGCGCGGGAUCAAAGUUGCCUCGACCAGCCCCUCCGCCAGCCGUCUCACCCCCACCGGCGCCUGCUGCCGCCAAAUCGCCUAUAGAGCCCUCUUCUCUUGGGCGGGUGCGUGGCGCAUCAGUCGAUCGCCCUGGACCUGCCUCGCCAAAACCUGCCUCCGUCGAAGCUUCUUCACGGCAACUUGGCGCAGAUCCUGAAGGUCCUCACGCUACCGCUGUGAACGGUCAACGAUCGCCUCCAUCUGGCUCAAGAGCAGCUAACGCUGCCGAAAAAGCUCGCUCCCCUCGCCCGUCACAAGGCUCCAUCGACAGCACAUUAGAAUCAUCGCGAGCCAAUCGCCCGGCAUCGCCGCCACCCCCCAACCGACAAGGUGGCAGCUUGGUGUCUCGCCGUUCAUCCGGACGCAACUCGCAGACUGUUGCCUUGCUCAAGGAACUCGACGCUGCACGAAACAAGAAUGCUUGGUAUGCCUCCGAACUUGAGCUGGCUAGAAAGGGUGGCUAUGUUCCAAACAGUUCUAGUCCGGCCUUGGACAAGUCCUCGGAAACCUUCGACGACGAAGACAGGCCUCUCAUUGAGGCUUUGCUGGCCAUGCGAACUGAACUCGCCAACGUGCAAAGCUCUGUCGACAAGCAAGCUGUCCUUGCCGCCAAGCAAAUUGCUGAAGCAGAAAGACAACGAGAUGCUGCCAUUCAGGAGGCCGUGUAUGCCAAAGCCAAAGUGGCAGCAUAUACCGGCGGCAGCGCGGCCAGCACCCCGCAACUCGAUGGUGAGCGUGACGAAGUUGGCCGCUCGGAUGGUAUCAGCAGGAAGCUCGCGACGGCACUCCACCUGCAAAAAGACCAGCAAGCCCGGAUCGAGAGUCUGAGGUCAGAACUAGAAGCUGAGAGACGGGCUCGCCAGUUAGCCGACGAGACUUCCGUUGCCGCUGAGAAGCGCCUCGCCCAUCUUGAAGCUUACAAGCAGCAAACCUCUGCUGAAGUCGAGCGCCUAAAGUCUGAACUACAUUUGUCACAGCGAGAAGCUCGUGAACACUCUGUUUCCUGCUCUGACGCGGUAUCCGCCUUGGCUCUACUCAAGGCCGAAAAGGAGGAAAUAACGACCAAGUACAACGACGCUGUGGGGACUUCAAAAACCCACGACGAGACCUUUACGUCUCUGCGAGCAGCCAUGAAAGCUUCAGAAGAUGGCAAGUCACAUGUAGAAAAGAAAUUGGCGGAAGAGCGCACCGCUCGAGAGAAGCUCGAGAUCAAGUUCAACAAGCUCAAGGUCGAGCACGAAGCCCGCACAGCCGAGCUAGUCGCCUCCACUCAGAGGUUACGCGACGCCGAGGAGCUGGCUGAGAAGCACGCAAACGAAGCCAGAACACAUCGUGCGGUCGUCCUCUCUGGGCUCGACAAGAUCACCCUCCGUGACUCGCCCAAGUCGACCAGUGGCGAUCCCGAGCGAAUCGCGGCUCUGCAGAGUCAGAUUACCAGCGCCAACGCAAUGGUUAAGAAGUACCAACAGGAGCUUGAUGCCGCUGCUGAUAAGCUUCGCAGUGCCGAGGAGCGCAUUGCCGGUUUGGAACAGUACCAGGAGCAGUCCAGUCGUGAAGGUGUUUCAAUCAGACGACAACUUCAGGCUGCCCUGAGGGAAACCCAGAGCCUUCAAGCCGCUCACUCCGACGUCAAGAACCAGCUUGCUGCCCAGCAACUCGAGACAAAUGCCAUGACUGUGCAGCACACUGCGCUCAAGGACAUUCUCAAUGAGCGCGGCAUAAGCCCCACGGCCGCUGUGCGCAGCCGAGGACUUGCCAGCCCGCGCACAACUUCACCCGAGCAGACGCGUCUGCGUGAACUCGAAGUCCAAUUAGCCAACUCGCAUGCUUCCCACGAAGAGACGAAACAAGCCUUUGCUGUGCAAGCCCAAAAUUCCGAAUCUGCUUAUCGUGAGAAGCUUUCUCAACUCGAGAACGACUACCAAGCUGCUGUACAUUACGUCAAGGGUACUGAGAAGAUGCUGAAGCAAAUGAAGGAACAGCUGCAGCGGUACAAAACAGAGAAUGCUCGUCUCAAGACAGACAUGGAAGCGAUGGAGGAUCGUUUACAAAAUGGUGAAAGCAAUGGUCGAUCUCUCGAAGCGCCCGCUGGGUGGGAGACUGAAAAGCACGAUCUUGAGCAAAGGAUCGAAGCUCUACAAGAAGAGCUCCGUACUUCUGGCUCCCAGCUGGAAAAGAAGUACGCAGGCGUGCAAAGAGAGCUUGCCGAUUUGCAAAAGGAUAAGGAGCAGACCUCGAAGCAGCUGGCGACACAUGUCAAGGAUCUGGACCAAUUGCGGUCCGAAAACGCCCUGCUUGAGCAGCGCGCCACCGAUGCCGAGCAGAAAGUAUCUCUGUUGCUCGAUCAAGUGGAGCACUCGGUUGACAGCUACCGCCGCCGCAGCCGACAGCCCAACAUGACACCCGUCGAGGCGGGUAGCGCGAAUGGUCUUGGCGGCUUGGGCCACGCGCGCCAGGAGAGUUCGGAGAUCGAGAGCGUGUACGGCGGCGGUGGUGGCGGCGGUAAUGGUGCUCACAGCAGCGUGGACGACCGCAACAGUGCCGCCCUCGACAAUCUUGCCAGCGAACUCGAGACGCUACGCACCCACUGGGAGGCUACCAACAAGAACUACCGUCUGAGCACCAACUUUGACUUUGACCCGCCGGCCGACCUGAAGAAGGACGAAGACGGCAUGGCCAGCGCGGGGCUCAGCGAGAGCUUGGCUGACUGGCGCAAGAAGCUGGACGCGGAGGAGAACGCCGACGGACGCAAGUCAAAGUAA